AUGGCGGAGCCUCCUGAAGACGGGCCACAGGGCGAUGGUGAGGAGGAUAUGGACGAUGGCGACUUCCCCUUUUUGAAGGCGGACCAUCCAGCUUACAAAAGGCUCCAAGACGCCUGGCGGAAGCAGCUGACGGGGCAUCACGACCGCGUCACUUUGCAGCUCCGCGAAAAACAGGAGGAGCUGAAAAAGCUGGUGAAGCAUAGAGAAGACAUAGGUGUAACCCUCUAUGGGGCCCAGCAGCAAUUAGCGAAGCUACAACUUCAGUUGGAGCAGUUGCAUGACAAGUACGCCAUGGUUCAAGGUCAACGCCUCGAGGACUCUGAGAAUUGA